CCUGGGUUAUUUUCCGGACAGACUAGCGGGCCUUGUGAUUCCCUCACCACACGGUCUGUUUCGGGUUGGGGAGAAGUCCUCCUGUCGAAGCUCCUAAGUAUGACAGGUUCUCUGAUUCACAUCUCUUUUCUUGGACGGACAAUCACGUGUAACAUAGUGAUUCAAUGUUCCCCAUUUUCCGAGCGCACUGUUGUGAAGUUUUACCUUAACAUAUACAAGGCAUGGAAUCUAAGAUUGAUACUCAACCAGCCGUUCGACAUGAGGAGAACGCGGGGCUCGAAAAGCAUCAACUAGCUCAUGGCAUAGUCGAUGCUGCACAUUUGUUCCAGGGAAUGCACGUCGAUCCCGAGAGGAAGGAUAACAGUGGUAAGGUGACUGGCCGGCUUCUGCUUCCAAGACCUACAGAUAACCCCAAAGAUCCGUUGACGUGGAGUUUGUGGAGGAAGCAUCUUUGCCUCGUCACUAUCUGCUACUUCGUCUUUAUGUCGAACUACAUCACGGCCUCCAUCUCACCGAUUCUUCUCCCAAUUCUGCUAGACUUCAAAAUUACCCUGACUAAGGCAAGCUACCUCAUCACGUUCAACAUCCUUUUCCUAGGGAUAGGAAAUAUAUUUUGGAUUCCUCUCUCGCUGAAAAUAGGGAAGCGCCCCGUUCUUAUCCUAAGUUCUGCCGUCUUCUUUGCUUCAAGCAUUUGGUCUGCUCGUGCUCAAUCUUGGGGAUCAUUGUUUGCGGCACGAAUUAUUCAGGGGUUCGGAGCUAGUUCAUCAGAGGCUCUGGGUCCAGCCAUUGUGGCAGACCUCUACUUCCUUCAUGAGAGAGGAGCUAAGGUUGGGUUUUACACUUUCAUGAUUGCCAGUGGAAGUGCUCUUGGUGGCGUCUUCUCUGGUCUUGUUGCAAAUGCAAACCCGGAUUGGCGAUGGGUCUUUUGGAUGAACGUCAUAUUGACAGGAGUUUGCUUUCUGGCUACUGUCCUUUUUCAAGCGGAGACAAACUUCGAACGACCGCCUGAAUAUGAGACCGGCGAGGGCUUAGAAGCGUCCCAAUUGCCAGACAUCCGGGCUCGAUCGAAUGCGAGCUGGGCAAAGUCACUCAGUGUGACAUCAUGGUACGACAGGCAAACCUCAAUAUGGCGGCUUUGGUGGAGGCCUUUUCUGACGCUCCAAUAUCCUGCUGUCGUUUGGGGAUCUGUUACUUAUGGUGUGACUUUAGGUUGGGUUGUCUUCCAACAAACAGCCAAUGCAUCAGCUUUCCCCCAACUUUAUGGAUUCAGUAAACUUGCCCUCGGCAACGUCAACAUUGCGAAUCUAAUCGGCUCAAUCGUGGGAUGUCUUGUUGGAGGCCCCCUGAGCGACUACCUGGUCGGUAUCAUCUCAAAGCGUCGUGGUGGCUAUUUCAAACCCGAGUUCCGCUUGUGGUGUCUUAUACCAUCUUUCCUAUUUGGACCUAUUGGCCUAAUGCUCUGGGGUGGUGGGCUUGGGGAUCAUUUACCGGCUAUGGUCGCAAUUGCAGGUUCUGGAAUCACCUACGGGGUGCUUUGUGCUGUUCCAACUGUUGCGAUGACCUACGUCGUUGAUUCCUAUCGGCCGCUGGCUGGAGAAACAAUGACAAUCCUUACGGCUUUCAAGAACACCUUUGCUUUCGGGUUAAGUUUUGCUGUAGUUCCAUGGCUGGAAAAGGAUGGAUUCGUUAAGGUCUCUGGGUGGAUGGUCUUGAUCGAGGGACUCAUAUUUCUCACCGCCAUCCCGAUGUAUAUAUACGGUGAAAGGGUCCAACGAUGGACAAGCAAAUUUGAAGUAUAAGAAUCAGCAAGGUUUGGAUGAAGCUGUCCGGCAUCUAUUUCUGGGUGGCAAGGAAGUAGCGACUGUCCGGAAACUAUUUAGCAGAGCAAUAUUAUACCGGAUGAGGUCAAUUGUUAAAGGAACCUCGGAAAAGUUAUCUUUAAAGGCCGUGUAGAUAACUCAACUGCUUCCUGAGGCCCUUGUCUAAGAAAC